AUGGCGAACCCUCCUCCUAGGGCGACGACAAAAGUGAUCAUCGUCGGCGGCGCAGGCACCAUAGGAUCCUCGACGGCCCUCCACCUGCUCCGGGCCGGUUACUCGCCCGCCAACCUCACAGUCCUCGACGUCUAUCCUUUUCCCUCGUCCCAAUCUGCCGGCAACGACCUCAACAAGAUCAUGGGCAUCCGCGUCUCGAGCAAGGCCGAGGUGCGCCUGAGCAAGGAAGCUGCUGAUAUGUGGAGCCAUGAUGACCUCUUCAAGCCCUUCUUUCACAAGACUGGCAGGAUGGACUGUGAAGUUUCCGAAGAGGGUGUAGCAGCGCUGUGGCGCGAGUAUCAAACUCUCAUCGACGUAGGGGUGGGAGAGACGCAUGAGUGGCUGGAUACUGAAGACAAGCUCCUCGAGAAAGCCCCGUUGUUGCCUCGAGAUAAUAUCAAGGGAUGGAAAGCUCUCUACAGCCAUGAUGGGGGCUGGCUGGCCGCUGCAAAAGCAAUCAACGCAAUCGGCGAGUUCUGUCGAGACCAAGGCGUUCAGUUUGGCUUUGGCGGUGCCGGCUCCUUCAAGAGACCGCUCUUUGGCAGUGAGGACCCAAACACCUGUAUCGGGGUCGAGACGGAGGACGGGACGCAGUACUUUGGCGACAAGGUCGUCAUCGCAGCCGGGGCAUGGAGUCCAACCCUGAUCGACCUAGAAGACCAGUGCUGCUCCAAGGCCUGGGUGUAUGCACAUAUCCAGCUCACCCCCGAGGAAGCCCUCGAAUACAAGGGCGUGCCGGUCGUGUACCACAGCGACAUCGGUUUCUUCUUCGAGCCCAACGAAAACGGCGUCAUCAAAGUCUGCGAUGAAUUCCCGGGCUACACCAGGUACAAGAUGCACCAGCCGUACGGCGCCGAGUCACCCGUGCCGGUGUCUGUCCCGCGGUCGCACGCAAAGCACCCGACGGACACGUACCCCGACGCGUCCGAGGUGACGAUACGCAAGGCCAUCUCGACAUAUCUUCCGCGGUUCGAGGGGAAGAAGCUGUUCAACAGGGCGCUCUGUUGGUGUACUGACACGGCAGAUUCCUCUCUGUUGAUAUGUGAGCAUCCCAAGUGGAAGAACCUCAUACUCGCAACAGGAGACAGCGGACACACUUUUAAAUUGCUGCCAAGCAUAGGCAAACAUGUUGUGGAGCUGAUAGAGGACAACCUGGCAGAGGACUUGGCUCGUGAAUGGCGUUGGCGGCCAGGCUCGGGCGAUGCUCGCAAGUCCACUCGUGCAGCUCCUGCCAAGGACCUUGCAGAUAUGCCUGGAUGGAAUCACGAUGAUGGGAACUCUAAUUCAUGA